GGCGGGCGGCCCGGCGGCCUCCUCCCCACCGCCCCCCGCCCUCCCCGGUGUCUGUGUUUCUCUCUCUGGUCGGAGGCGGCGGUAAUGGCGGAUGGUGGGUUGUGGCGCCGGCGGCGGCUGCUGUGAGGGACGAUGAGUUCCUCCUUCGUGUCGAACGGGGCCAGCCUGGAAGAUUGUCACUGUAACCUCUUCUGCCUGGCCGACUUGACAGGAAUUAAGUGGAAAAGAUACGUAUGGCAAGGCCCAACUUCUGCCCCCAUUCUGUUUCCGGUGACAGAAGAAGACCCCAUUUUGAGCAGUUUUAGUCGAUGCCUUAAGGCAGAUGUACUUGGUGUUUGGCGGCGAGAUCAAAGACCUGGAAGAAGAGAAUUGUGGAUAUUUUGGUGGGGUAAAGAUCCCAAUUUUGCUGACCUUAUUCACCAUGACUUAUCAGAAGAGGAAGAUGGAGUGUGGGAAAAUGGCCUUUCCUAUGAAUGCCGUACUUUACUUUUCAAAGCAGUUCACAAUCUGUUGGAGAGGUGUUUAAUGAACAGAAACUUUGUUCGAAUUGGCAAGUGGUUUGUAAAGCCGUAUGAGAAAGAUGAAAAACCUAUAAAUAAAAGUGAACACUUGUCCUGCUCUUUCACCUUUUUCUUGCAUGGAGACAGCAAUGUUUGUACCAGUGUGGAAAUUAACCAACAUCAACCUGUGUACCUUCUCAGUGAAGAGCAUGUCACCCUUGCUCAACAGUCUAAUAGCCCAUUUCAAGUUAUCUUAAGUCCUUUUGGACUAAAUGGCACUCUCACAGGACAGGCAUUCAAGAUGUCUGAUUCAGCUACAAAAAAAUUAAUUGGUGAAUGGAAACAGUUCUAUCCUAUUUCAUGUGGUUUGAAGGAGAUGUCUGACGAAAAGCAGGAAGAUAUGGAUUGGGAAGAUGAUUCGUUGGCUGCAGUGGAAGUUCUUGUUGCGGGUGUUCGAAUGAUCUACCCAGCAUGCUUUGUUCUCGUCCCUCAAUCAGACAUUCCUACUCCUAGCUCUGUGGGGUCCUCUCAUUGUUCGGCUUCUUGCUUGGGUAGCCACCAAGUGCCUGCUUCCACAAGAGACCCUGCUAUGUCUUCAGUUACUCUUACCCCGCCAACGUCUCCUGAGGAAGUCCAAGCAGUUGAUCCUCAGUCUGCCCAGAAGUGGGUCAAAUUCUCUUCUGUCUCCGAUGGCUUCAGCACUGACAGCACUAGUCAUCAUGGUGGGAGAAUACCCAGGAAAUUAGCAAAUCACGUGGUAGACAGAGUCUGGCAAGAGUGCAACAUGAACAGAUUACAGAGCAAGAGGAAGUAUUCUGCUACAUCCAGUGGCAUAUGUGAAGAAGAGUCAGCUGAUAAAAUAGCAUGCUGGGACUUUGUUGAAGCCACACAAAGAACAAGCUGCAGUUGUUUGAGGCAUAAAAGUCUCAAAACAAGAAAUACUGGGCAACAAGGACAGGCACCAUCUUUAGGGCAGCAACAACAAGUACUUCCUAAGCACAAGACCAAUGAGAAGCAAGAAAAGAGCGAAAAGCCACAAAAACGCCCCUUGACUCCUUUUCACCAUCGUGUAUCUAUCAGUGAUGCUAUUGGCAUGGACACAGAUUCAGCCAGCCAAAGACUUGUGGUCUCCGCUGCAGAUAGUCAAGUGAGAUUCUCCAACAUCCGCACUAAUGACAUAGCAAAGACCCCACAGAUGCACGGGACUGAACUGGCAACUUCACCUCAGCCUCCCCCACUUAGUCCUCAUCCGUGUGAUGUGGUUGAUGAAGGAGUGACUAAAACACCUUCAACUCCCCAGAGUCAACAUUUUUAUCAAAUGCCAACACCGGAUCCCUUGGUUCCUACCAAACCAAUGGAAGAUAGGAUAGACAGUUUGUCCCAGUCUUUCCCACCUCCAUUUCAGGAAGCUGUAGAACCUACCGUGUAUGUUGGUACAGCAGUAAACUUGGAAGAAGAUGAAGCUAAUGUAGCCUGGAAGUAUUACAAAGUCCCAAAGAAAAAAGAUGUAGAAUUUUUACCACCUCAACUUCCAAAUGAUAAAUUCAAGGAGGAUCCAGUUGGACCUUUUGGACAGGAAAGUGUAACAUCAGUUACAGAGUUAAUGGUGCAGUGUAAGAAACCUUUAAAAGUUUCUGAUGAAAUAGUACAGCAAUAUCAAAUUAAAAAUCAGUAUCUUUCAGCAAUAGCAUCUGAUGCAGAACAAGAACCUAAAAUUGAUCCAUAUGCAUUUGUUGAAGGAGAUGAGGAAUUCAUUUUUACUGAUAAAAAAGAUAGACAAAAUAUGGAGAGAGAAGCUGGGAAGAAACACAAGGUGGAAGAUGGGACAUCUACUGUGACAGUGUUAUCACAUGAAGAAGAUGCUAUGUCAUUAUUUAGUCCCUCAAAGCAAGAUGCUCCACGUCCUACUAAUCAUGCCCGUCCUCCAUCAACCAGUUUGAUUUAUGACUCAGAUCUGGCUGUCUCUUACACUGACCUUGAUAACCUCUUCAAUUCCGAUGAAGAUGAAUUAACACCUGGAUCUAAAAAAACAGCAAAUGGAUCAGAUGAUAAAGCCAACUCCAAAGAAUCAAAGUCAGGAAGUCUGGAUCCAUUAUCUUGCAUAAGCACUGCAGAUCUUCACAAGAUGUAUCCUACACCACCAUCAUUGGAACAACACAUUAUGGGAUUUUCUCCAAUGAAUAUGAAUAACAAAGAAUAUGGUAAUAUGGAUACAGCACCUGGAGCAACUGUCCUAGAAGGAAAUAGUUCUAGUAUAGGAGCACAGUUCAGAAUUGAGGUUGAAGAGGGAUUCUGUAGCCCCAAACCUUCUGAAAUUAAAGAUUAUUCUUAUGUCUAUAAGCCCGAAAACUGUCAAGUUCUAGUAGGAUGUUCCAUGUUUGCACCUUUAAAAACUCUACCAAGCCAUUGUCUGCCUCCUCUCAAAUUGCCAGAAGAGUGUAUCUACCGGCAGAGUUGGACUGUUGGAAAAUUGGACUUGCUUCCUUCAGGCCCUUCAAUGCCAUUCAUCAAAGAGGGUGAUGGAAGCAAUAUGGAUCAAGAUUAUGGCCCUGCCUACACACCUCAAACCCAUACUUCUUUUGGGAUGCCUCCGAGCAGUGCACCUCCUAGUAAUGGCGGUGCGGGAAUUCUUCCUUCUCCAUCCACCCCUAGAUUUCCAACUCCAAGGACUCCAAGGACUCCAAGGACUCCUCGUGGAGCUGGCGGCCCUGCUAGUGCUCAAGGUUCAGUCAAGUAUGAGAAUUCAGACUUGUAUUCACCAGCUUCCACCCCAUCUACAUGCAGACCCCUCAAUUCUGUUGAACCUGCAACUGUCCCUUCCAUCCCGGAAGCACACAGUCUUUAUGUAAACCUUAUCCUUUCAGAAUCUGUUAUGAAUUUGUUCAAAGACUGUAAUUUUGACAGUUGCUGUAUUUGUGUUUGCAACAUGAAUAUCAAGGGUGCCGAUGUUGGAGUUUACAUUCCAGACCCAACGCAGGAAGCACAGUAUCGGUGUACCUGCGGCUUCAGUGCUGUCAUGAACCGAAAAUUUGGAAAUAAUUCAGGAUUGUUUCUUGAAGAUGAACUUGAUAUCAUAGGACGGAACACAGACUGUGGCAAAGAAGCAGAAAAACGUUUUGAAGCUCUCAGGGCUCCCUCCACAGAAAAUGCUAAUGGAGGCCUAAAGGAAUCGGAAAAGGUGCCUGAUGAGUUGAUAUUAUUGCUACAAGAUCAAUGCACUAAUUUAUUCUCACCCUUUGGAGCAGCAGACCAAGGUCCUUUUCCCAGAAUGGGUGUCAUUAGCAGCUGGGUGCGCGUUGAGGAGCGUGACUGCUGCAGUGACUGCUGUCUUGCAUUGGAACAUGGACGCCAGUUCAUGGACAAUAUGUCAGGAGGAAAGGUCGAUGAAGCCCUGGUCAAAAGCUCAUGCUUGCAUCCGUGGGCCAAACAGAAUGAUGUGAGUAUGCAGUGUUCGCAGGAUAUACUUCGAAUGCUCCUCUCUCUUCAGCCAGUUCUUCAAGAUGCUAUUCAGAAAAAAAGAACAGUGAGGCCUUGGGGGGUUCAGGGUCCUCUCACUUGGCAACAAUUUCAUAAAAUGGCUGGCCGAGGCUCUUAUGGAACCGAUGAAUCUCCGGAACCACUGCCAAUUCCCACGUUUUUGUUGGGUUAUGAUUAUGAUUUUCUGGUGCUUUCUCCAUUUGCUCUCCCUUACUGGGAGAAACUUAUGCUGGAACCUUACGGAUCUCAAAGAGAUAUAGCCUAUGUUGUACUCUGUCCAGAGAAUGAAGCUUUGUUAAAUGGAGCCAAAAGUUUUUUUAGAGAUCUUACUGCAAUCUAUGAGUCCUGUCGAUUGGGCCAACACAGACCUAUUUCUCGACUCUUGACGGACGGGAUCAUGAAAGUGGGAGCUACUGCAUCAAAGAAGCUUUCAGAAAAGUUGGUAACAGGAUGGUUUUCUCAGGCAGCUGACGGUAACAACGAGGCAUUUUCUAAACUCAAGCUUUAUGCACAAGUCUGCAGAUACGAUUUAGGUCCAUAUCUUGCUUCUCAGCCGUUGGACAGCACUCUGCUCUCUCAGCCAAAUUUAGUUGCCCCUACAAAUCAGUCUUUGCUUACUGCACCUCAGAUGACAAAUACUGGACACGCUAACGCUCCAUCUGCCACCUUAGCAUCUGCGGCAAGUAGCACUAUGACAGUGGCGUCAGGGGUUGCCAUGUCUACUUCAGUUGCCACUGCUAACUCAACUUUGACCACAGCUUCAUCUUCAUCAUCUGCCAGUCUGAGUAGUGGAGUGUCCGCAAAUAAACUGCCUUCGUUUCCACCCUUUGGCAGUAUGAGCACUAGUGGUUCAGGACCCAUGUCUGCACAAGCAAGUUCAGUUCAGAGUGGCCAGCUAGGACAGCAGCCGCCGCCGUCAUCUCUGCAGGCAGCAGCGUCAGCAUCAGGGGAGUCAGCUUCGCUUCCCACUCAGCCGCAUCCUGAUGUAUCAGAAAGCACAAUGGAUCGUGAUAAAGUGGGAAUUCCCACGGACGGUGACUCACAUGCAAUUACCUACCCACCUGCAAUUGUUGUUUAUAUAAUUGAUCCUUUUACAUAUGAAAAUAAAGAUGAGAGCGCUAACUCUUCUAAUGUAUGGACUUUGGGGCUACUUCGAUGCUUCCUGGAAAUGGUCCAGACUCUUCCUCCUCAUAUCAAGAGUACUGUUUCUGUACAGAUUGUUCCUUGUCAGUACCUGUUACAACCUGUGAAACAUGAAGACAGACAAAUCUACACCCAGCAUUUAAAAUCUCUGGCUUUUUCGGCCUUUACUCAGUGUCGGAGACCACUUCCAACAUCAACCAAUGUAAAAACACUGACUGGGUUUGGUCCAGGCUUAGCUAUGGAAACUGCUCUUAAAAGUCCUGAUAGACCAGAGUGCAUUCGACUUUAUACACCACCUUUUAUUCUGGCUCCUGUGAAGGACAAACAAACAGAGCUAGGAGAGACAUUUGGAGAAGCUGGACAGAAAUACAAUGUUCUUUUUGUGGGCUACUGUUUAUCACACGAUCAAAAGUGGAUUCUUGCAUCUUGCACAGAUCUAUAUGGAGAACUUCUUGAAACAUGUAUUAUUAACAUCGAUGUUCCAAAUAGGGCUCGUCGGAAAAAGGGUUCUGCCAGAAGGUUUGGUCUACAGAAACUUUGGGAGUGGUGCUUAGGACUUGUUCAAAUGAGUUCUUUACCUUGGAGAGUUGUAAUUGGUCGCCUGGGUAGGAUUGGACAUGGAGAAUUGAAAGAUUGGAGUUGUUUGCUGAGUCGUCGAAACUUGCAAUCUCUUAGCAAAAGGCUCAAAGACAUGUGUAGGAUGUGUGGCAUAUCUGCUGCAGACUCUCCGAGCAUUCUUAGUGCUUGUUUGGUUGCAAUGGAACCCCAAGGUUCUUUUGUUAUCAUGCCAGAUUCGGUGUCAACUGGUUCUGUUUUUGGAAGAAGCACCACUCUUAAUAUGCAGACUCCUCAGCUAAAUACCCCACAGGAUACAUCAUGUACUCAUAUACUUGUGUUCCCUACUUCUGCUUCUGUGCAAGUAGCUUCAGCAACUUACACCACUGAAAAUUUGGAUUUAGCUUUCAAUCCCAACAACGAUGGAGCAGAUGGAAUGGGUAUCUUUGAUUUAUUAGACACAGGAGAUGAUCUUGAUCCUGAUAUCAUUAAUAUCCUUCCUGCAUCUCCAACUGCAUCUCCUGUACAUUCUCCAGGUUCUCAUUACCCCCAUGGAGGUGAUGCUGGCAAGGGUCAGGGUACUGAUCGGCUACUUUCAACAGAAUCUCAUGAUGAAGUAACUAAUAUUCUUCAACAACCAUUGGCCCUUGGAUACUUUGUAUCAACUGCCAAAGCGGGUCCAUUACCUGACUGGUUCUGGUCAGCAUGUCCUCAAGCACAAUAUCAAUGUCCCCUUUUUCUUAAGGCCUCUUUGCACCUCCACGUGCCUUCAGUGCAAUCUGACGAACUGCUUCACAGUAAACACUCCCACCCACUUGACUCAAAUCAGACUUCAGAUGUCCUCAGGUUUGUUUUGGAACAGUACAAUGCACUCUCGUGGCUAACCUGUGACCCUGCAAUCCAGGACAGACGCUCGUGUCUCCCAAUUCAUUUUGUGGUGCUGAAUCAGUUAUAUAACUUUAUCAUGAAUAUGCUGUGAUCUUCGUUUGAUGGAAUUGCGCAAGGAAAGAACAGGAAGAAAGGAUAUUUUGCUGCAGGAUUAAGUUACAGUUCUCAGUGGAAGUCAUUUGUGAUGGGGUCUAAUUCUUAUUACUUCAACAAAUAUUGUUUUGACUUGGGGGGCGGGGCUAUAACCCUAUUUUUCAUUGACUAUAUUGAGCUCUUUAGGAUGAUGACUGAUUAUUCAAAACGUAUUAUAACAUUUUCGUAGCAAAAAUUAACCUUUUUUUUCCAGUCACAGUAUUUGUGAAAAGUAAUGAGCCAUAGUACCCAUUCAUGUUAAAGAAUAUUAAAAGCAUGGAGAGGAAACAUGAGGAAACAAUGAAUUUCAACAUAUGGCUUUAGAACAUCAAGAUGUUCUUGUAUUGGAUAUAGUAUCUAGUAUUCAAAAAUGCCUGCAUCUCUUAUUUAUUGUAAGUUUUUAAAUGUAUAAAUUGUCUUAUAUUUCUUAACCUCUUUUAUAAAAAUUUUCCUAGAAGGUUUAUACUGCCUUCUUGCUUUAAAGCAAUUGGUCUAAAAUAUAUGUAAUCGUCUUAAUUAAAAAGUUGCAGUAGGGUUGCUUUUAGAGUAUUAUUUUUUUGUAAGGGGGUGGGUUGGACAGUAAAUUUGUAUUGUCUCAAUGUACAGUUUAACAGGGAUAGAGGGGAAAUAAUGUCCAUACCAUUGUGUGUGGAAGAUUUACAGCUAAGCUGUAGUUGCAGAGUACAUGUACAGUAAUGAAGUUCACUGUGUUUAUAAAUUGAAAAGGUACCGGGUCUUACAGCAUUUUAUAUAUCACACCUUUGCAGAAUAACAUGAUGGCAAUAUACAUACGUGAUAUUGUUAGGUGGAUUAACUUAGAAUAAAAUGAGAAUUCUUCAGUUAUAUUUUGUACUAUGGUUUAGGGCUAUGACUAAUAUUUCAGGCCAUUUCCAGUGAAAGAAACUUAGUUUUACAAAAAAAAAAAAAAAAAAAUUUGCUACUGAAUGCUUAAACUAAUUUUGGUGUUUAAUGUUACAUGCUUAAAUUUUUUUCAGUUUUCACAGUGGCACAUUUAGGCAUGGGGAUAUUACUAAUUAUGAAAUUUAUCUACAGGAUCUGUUAUAAGGUUGAAAUUUAGCCCAGCUCUAGGCAUUUUACAAAUUAUUUUAAGAGCAGUCACUCUUGAUUGCUUUACUUUUU